UUGAAUAAUUUACAAAAAUAUUAAAUUUAAAAUAUGCACAAUGCCUUUUCCUCAUCGGUGCUAAUGAGUUUUUCUGAAGAAUGGUAGAUAUUUCCGUAAUAAUUCCAGUCCAUAAUGGAGCAGAAUGGAUAGCAAAGUGUAUGAAAUCUAUUGCGGAUCAAACAAUAUUUAAUACAAAAGCUAAAAUAGAGAUUGUUGUGUUUAAUGACGGAAGCACUGAUUGUACCCAAAAACUUCUAGAAGAAUGGAAAGAGUAUUUUAGUUGUCAAGGAACUUUAUUUAUAAUAACCGGAUCUUCUCUUUCGAAAGGUGUAGGUGGAGCUAAAAAUGGUGCAGUUAAUCGAAGCACAGGUCAAUAUCUUUGUUUUCAAGACAUUGAUGAUGUUAUGAAUCCACACAGAAUAUUACAACAAUGGGAAGCAGCGAAACUAAAUAAAAGUGCUAUUAUUGGUUGUCAAGUCAUAAGGGAUCCACAGAACUCUACCCCUCGAUUUGUAAAAUGGGCCAAUAAUAUAAAACCCGAGCAACUAACAAAACAAAUUUAUUUGUCCUAUGGCCCCACAAUUCUCAUGCCCACAUGGUUUUGCCACAGAUCUGUUUUUGAAAAAAUUGGAGGAUUUGAUGAAUCUGGACGAGGCACUCCUGAAGAUCUUAUAUUUUUUUAUGCUCACAUUGACAUAGGUGGAAAACUUAUAAGACUUAACCAAGAACUGCUAAUUUACACAUACCAUAAAAAUGCUACUACUUUUUCAGUCACAAGAAACAGAAUACAAGAGAUUCAAUUAAAUAGACUUGAGAGUGUUGUACUUCCACGCUGGAAAUAUUUUACAGUUUGGAAUGCCGGUAAAGCUGGAAGACGAUUUGUUCGUAUGCUGAGUCACAAAAAUAAAAAAAAAGUUACAGCAUUUUGUGAUGUUGAUGUAAAUAAAAUAGGCCGCACAAUAGAAUUAUACUGCCACAUGGAAAGAAGAGUAAUUAAGAAGUUACCAGUUUUGCAUUUUACAGAAGCAAAACCUCCGUUCGUGAUAUGUGUUAAGCUAGACAUGACAAAUGGCGAUUUUGAGAAAAACCUCGAAUCCUUGAAUCUCACAGAAGGUAUUGACUAUAUUUUAUUUAGUUAGGUAAUAAGUUUGGAAGCCUUUAAUACGACUUUUUUAUAUUUUUAAUGUAAUUAAGAAAAUAAACACUGAAAUUAA